CUUCAGUUUAGUGGUAUUUUAUCUGCGUGUCCAACAGUAGAAAAAAGAAAGACUUUCGGAUUUAGAUUUUCUAUAUUGUACUAGUGAAAAUUAUCAACGUAUCAAUGUCGGAUAGCAGCGGUUCUGACAACGACAGUGUUGUAUCAAACCGAUCCCGUAAAAGCGGUGUAUCGAACCGAAGCCGUUCUAUGUCGCGAUCAGCUUCUAGAUCAGUUUCAAGAUCAAGAUCUCGAUCCCGUUCAGUUUCACGGUCUCGUUCUCGGUCAGCGUCAGCUGGUUCUCAAUCUGGAUCAGAUGCGGAACCACGAUUGAAGAAAAAACGUAAAAUUUCUAAUGAUCGCGGCUCGGACGAUGAAGAAGAAGUGGAGGAUGAACAAGAGCCCGAAGGAGAAGAUUUGGACUCGGAAGAAUAUGAGGAUGAUGAUGAGGAUGACCGGCGCGGAAGCAGAAAAAAGAAAAAGAAGGAACGUUUCGGAGGAUUUAUUAUCGACGAAGCCGAAGUGGAUGAUGAGGUGGACGAGGAUGAAGAAUGGGAGGAGGGUGCACAAGAAAUUGGCAUAGUUGGGAAUGAGGUGGAGGAAUUCGGACAAACGGCUAGAGAAAUUGAAAACAGACGUCGUGGCACGAAUCUGUGGGAUAAUCAAAAGGAGGACGAGAUUGAGGAAUAUUUGCGUAAAAAAUAUGCCGACGAAUCGAUUGCCCGAAGACAUUUUGGCGAUGGUGGUGAGGAAAUGUCCGAUGAAAUCACACAGCAAACAUUACUUCCCGGAAUUAAAGAUCCAAAUCUUUGGAUGGUUAAAUGCCGAAUCGGCGAGGAAAAGGCUACAGUGUUAUUGUUGAUGAGGAAAUUCCUCACAUACUCAAAUACGGACGAGCCCUUGCAGAUCAAAACAAUUGUUGCUCCGGAGGGAGUCAAAGGGUAUGUAUACAUCGAAGCUUACAAGCAAACUCAUGUGAAGGCUGCUAUUACAAAUGUAGGCAAUUUGCGAAUGGGUAUUUGGAAGCAGGAGAUGGUUCCGAUUAAAGAAAUGACUGAUAUUCUAAAAGUUGUUAAAGAACAAACAGGUCUAAAGCCGAAGCAGUGGGUUCGGUUGAAGCGAGGAAUCUAUAAAGAUGACAUUGCCCAGGUGGAUUACGUAGAUCUCGCACAGAAUCAAGUACAUUUAAAACUGCUUCCUCGCAUCGAUUACACACGUUUGAGAGGAGCAUUGCGUACAACCUCUGCUGAUAAUGACGAAAACAAACGAAAAAAGAAGCGACGUCCUGCUGCAAAGCCAUUUGACCCGGAAGCCAUUCGCGCGAUUGGAGGAGAAGUAACAUCCGACGGUGAUUUUCUGAUUUUUGAAGGCAAUCGUUAUUCCCGAAAAGGUUUUUUGUAUAAAAAUUUUACCAUGUCAGCGAUUUUAGCCGACGGUGUUAAGCCUACUCUAGCUGAGCUGGAACGUUUCGAAGAGCAACCAGAGGAAAUUAAUAUUGAACUGGCAGUUUCGACUAAGGAAGAUCCAGUCUCGUCGCAUUCGUUUUCGAUGGGAGACAAUGUUGAAGUAUGCGUGGGUGAUUUGGAGAAUUUACAAGCAAAAAUUAUUGCCAUUGAUGGGGCCCUUAUUACUGUUAUGCCAAAACACGAAGAUCUCAAAGAUCCGCUUAUUUUCAAAGCUUCCGAAUUGCGUAAAUAUUUUAAAACCGGUGAUCAUGCUAAGGUGCUGGCUGGUCGAUAUGAAGGCGAAACUGGUUUAAUAGUGCGUGUUGAACCGCAAAGAAUCGUGAUGGUAUCUGAUUUAACCAUGCACGAGUUGGAAGUACUGCCACGAGACUUGCAGCUUUGCAGCGAUAUGGCAACUGGAGUUGAUUCACUUGGUCAGUAUCAGUGGGGGGAUUUGGUACAAUUAGAUGCCCAAACAGUCGGUGUAAUCGUCAGAUUAGAGAGAGAAAACUUCCACGUUUUGGGAAUGCACGGUAAGGUAAUGGAGUGCAAACCAGCUGCCCUGCAAAAGCGCAGAGAAAAUCGUAAUACUCUCGCUCUGGAUUCCGAGCAAAAUCCGAUACGCCGUCGAGAUAUAGUUAAAGUCAUGGAAGGUCCUCAUGCUGGUAGGGAUGGAGAAAUUAAGCAUUUGUAUAGAAACUUGGCCUUUUUGCAUUCGCGAAUGUAUACCGAAAAUGGAGGUAUAUUUGUGUGUAAAACCCGACAUCUUCAGCUAGCUGGAGGAAACAAAUCUCAAGGCAACGCACUAAUGCCUCUUGGCCAAUUUGGUUUUAUGUCACCGCGCAUACAUUCUCCGAUGCACCCGUCAGGAGGCCGAGGUGGCCGUGGAGGAAGAAUGGGCGGCCGCGGUGGAGCUAAUCGUGUUACUCGAGAUCGAGAAAUUCUUGGCAAAAGUAUCAAAAUUACUGGAGGCCCAUAUAAGGGUUCAGUUGGAAUUGUUAAAGAUGCGACUGAAAGUACAGCUCGCGUUGAGCUACAUUCCGCUUGCCAGACAAUUUCUGUUGAUAGAAAUCAUAUUGCCGUUGUUGGACCUACUCCAAAAGAGGGGUCCGUUUCAAGUUAUAUUCGUACACCAAGCCGCACUCCGGGCAGCAGCUAUGGAGCUCAAACACCAGUCUAUUCGGGUUCGAAAACUCCGCUUCAUGGAUCACAAACUCCUUCUUACGAUAUUGGAAAUCGUACUCCUUAUGGAUCAAUGACCCCAUCCCACGAUGGCAGCAUGACUCCCCGACAUGGAGCUUGGGAUCCAGCAGUGACAAACACUCCAGCUCGUUCGAAUGAUUUUGAUUUCAAUAUGGAAGAACCGUCUCCAAGUCCAGGUUAUAAUCCGAGUACUCCUGGUUAUCAGAUAAACACGCCAUUCGCGCCACAUACUCCUGGCAAUAUGUUUAACACAGAAUCGUACAGUCCAUACCAACCAAGUCCAAGCCCCAGUCCAUCAUCUUAUCAAGUAAACUACAUGGGCACUCCUUCACCAAGCGCAUACUCCCCGGCCACACCAGGCGCUCCGCAGUCGCCCUAUAAUCCACAGACACCGGGCGCUAGUCUCGAUUCGCAGUACGGUGAAUGGUGCACUACCGAAAUCGAGGUUGAAAUCCGUAAUCACGAUGACUCUGAUUUGGCUGGCCAAACUGGAUUCAUUCGAACCGUCAACAGUGGUACAUGCUCCGUAUUCUUGCCAGAAGAGGAUCGAGUCGUCAAUGUACCCUGUAAUAAUUUGGAACCGGUUGUACCAAGCCCCGGCGAUCGCUUUAAGGUUAUUUUCGGCGAAGAGCGCGAAACCAUUGGCGAGUUUUUAUCCAUGUCAGGCGCCAAGGAAGCAGUUGUGUCCAUCAGCGGCAAGAAAAAGUUGCUACCGCUAAGCUAUCUGUGCAAAAUAAAAGUUGAUUAAAACGACCACUUGUGGAAAUAUUUUUAUUUGAAAACUAGCAAACCAUUCUUAUUAUUUUGAUUUGUACAUACAUCAUUAUAUGUGAAAUUUUUGCCGCAUUAUCCCUAGAAAGCCGUAACAUAUCGACAAAUUUUUCGAUAUAAACAAGAUUAUUUAUCUCUCGCAACUGACGUAGAAGCAAAAGAAGAGGAAAUCGGACCGAGUAAUUGUCUUUGCAAUGGCCCAUCUUGUAUCUGCUGCAUAGAAUUUAACAUGAGCU